AUGCUCGACGACACGCUAGAAGCAGCAGCAGACAAGUACGCUACCCUCUUCUCCGUCGUACUGACUGUCGUCGUCGUCCUGUCCACGCUCUUCACGGUCUUGCUACUCACGCUACCUGGCCAGUAUGAUCCUUACAAGGACAAGUCGCUAAAGUUUGUCGACGAGCACGGCAUAGAGAUCAAAGCAACAACAAGAGAUGGAAAGGAGCUCCCACAAUGGAAGAAUGCGCGGUCCGUUCAGGUUGUUGUGCUGGGCGAUAUCGGACGAUCCCCCCGCAUGCAAUACCAUGCCCUGAGCUUCGCCAAACACGGCGCCAGAGUCACUCUUAUCGGCUACCAAGAGUCUGAGAUACUCCCAGAGAUAGUCUCAAACCCAUUGAUUGACAUCAUCCCCCUCUCCCCAGCACCCGCUAGCCUGCGUUCAAGCAGCAAGCUUCUCUUCCCCAUCUUGGCUCCUCUCAAAGUACUCUGGCAGAUUUUCUCCUUGUACACUGCACUAGGCUACCGCUCCCAGCCCGCAAGAUGGACGCUUGUACAAAAUCCCCCUUCAAUACCGACACUCGCAGUUGCGAGUCUGGUUUGCUUCCUACGACGCACUGACCUGGUCAUCGAUUGGCAUAACUUUGGCUACUCCAUUCUGGCCAUGAAACUUGGUGGCUCUCACCCCCUCGUCAGAAUAUCGGAGAAGUACGAAAAGAUGUUUGCUAAGGCAGCUUCACACCACAUCACCGUGACCGACGCAAUGGCCCGCGUUCUCAAAGUCGACUAUGGAGUAACUGCCCAAGCCCUGCAUGACCGUCCGGCAUCUAUAUUCCAGCCCAUCAGGGCUGAAGAGCGCGCCAAAUUCCUCAAGAGACUUCCGGAAACGGCUGAGUUUGCAAAGGAUCUGUCACCUAGCUCCAAGACACCCUGGAAACUCAUCGUAAGCGCCACCUCCUGGACAGCCGACGAAGAUUUUUCUCUCCUCUUAUCCGCUCUCGUUGCCUACUCUGCCGAAUGCACUUCAAAGACAUAUCUGCCCAGGAUCCUUGCCAUCAUCACCGGCAAAGGACCCCAGAAGGAAUACUAUCUUUCCAAGAUCAACGAGCUGAACCAGCAGAAGAAACUCCAGAACGUCAUCAUCAAGACGGCAUGGCUUACCCAUGCCGACUAUGCUCUCCUUCUUGCCUCUGCUGAUCUCGGUAUCUCGCUACAUACAUCCUCCUCUGGCGUCGAUCUUCCAAUGAAAGUCGUCGACAUGUUUGGCGCAGGAUUGCCCGUCGUGGGCUGGGGAAAAUUCGAGGCAUGGCCCGAACUAGUUAAGCAGGGCGUGAAUGGCCUGGGGUUCCAGAGCCCUGAGGAGCUUGCUCUGGAUUUGGCUGCAUUCUUUGGCAGUGAUGGCAGAUUAAGAGAGACACUAAAAGUAGGCGCUCUCAGAGAAAGCGAGCACAGAUGGGACGAUGAAUGGGAUGGUGUAGGCGGAAAGUUAUUCAAGCUGAUCUGA